UUUACUUAAUUCCUACCAAUUUGGGUGUAUUUUUUGUUGUGAAUUUGGGGCCAACUUUUUCUUCGUCAGCCCAAUUUUUGAGGCCAUUUCUCGCACUUCCAUCUCAAAUUAGGUUCCGGCUCGCCACCACCACUCCGCCACGGCCACCACCGCCACCCCCCGAUCGUCGGCCAACGGCUGCUUCAUACAAUCAUCAUAUUUUCAAGCAACGAAUAGGAAUUCACUAAUAUACCUAAGCCUCUUCUGCCACGGCCCACGACCCCCUCUCUUCUCGCUGUCGAUUUUUGUAAUUAUAUUUUGAACUCAAAAUCCCUCUCUUCAGAACUCUUCAUACUUAAUCAGAAGUUCAGAGAAGCAGUAGAUGUCGGCAAUACUGGUACCACAUUGAAUUUUCUUUUUUUCAUUCCCAGAUAUCGGCAAUACUGGUACCGCAUUGAAAUUACAUUCUUUCUUUGUUCAGUUUCUUAUUUGGAGAGUUAAGAAAUCAGACAAUUUAAAUGUUGAAAGGGAGGAAAACCGCUGGCAGGGGAGAGACUGUGGCCACGCACUAUGCUUUUGGCCCCCUUGAGGAUGACAUUAUAAUCAAGCAUAGGCUUCUGACCCGCACGACUACAACAAGAGGCGAACCACCCUUGAAGAAACUUCAGAAGAAGUUUACAGCCUUCGCUGUGGAGGUAGAAAAAGACGCUGAUAACUAUGGUGACUGUGAAAGACUUGCCAAAGCUUUCUUGCAGGAGCUGAACACUUUCGAAAUUCCGCUGCUCAAGAGUAAAGCGAUCAUUGAUGCGAAUGUUAGAGAGAAGGAGAACUUUAACGAGUUAAAAGAUGAGAUAAACCGACAGAUUUUGCUAGCACAUGAUGAUAUAGAAGAUUUGAAGAAACAGCUGGAGGAGAGCAAGAUUGAGAGGCAGCACAAAGAGGAGUGCGAAGCUAUUAGGAAGUUAAUUGCUAUGCAGCCACCAAGAUCAGCAACACAGAAAACCAUAACAGAACUUGAACAGGAGAUUGCAUCCCUAGAAUCAGAAAACACUGCUGGCUCAAGGACACUAGAACUCCGCAAAAAGCAAUUUUCGCUGCUUUUGCAUGUGGUGGAUGAAUUACAGAACACCAUUGAGGAAGAACAAAGGAGUUUAAUGGAGGAAAUGAGAACGGCAAUUGAUGAGCCUAGGACUGGAUUGGAUGAUGCUACUGGGGGACCUGAAGCUAUGGCUCUUGAUUAGAUGGUAAUUAGCAUCAUGCCCGGGGAAUCUAAACCUUUUCAUUUGGUACUCUAUUUGUUCAGGGAGGAAAUGGUGUUUGUUGUGAUUUAUAUGAAAUACGGCUUAGAUUUCUAGUUGUAGCAAUACUUCUAGCAGGAUUCAUCUUCUUCCUGCAAGUAUGCCAACUCAUGGUUGUGAGUUUGAUUCUUGCUAGGGAUGUAAGUGAUGAAAUGGCUUGGCUUUGGCCUCGAGCUUUCUUUAUUUUGUGAAUUGUGAUUCUCAAAAGGGAUCUUGAAGCUCCUGUCUUGAUUAACAUGGAAUCACAAGUUGUUGCACAA